CUCUCUCUUUCUGUUGUGUGUCACCCGAGCAGCCUCCAGCAGGCUGUGUGUGUUUACCCUCGCUUGGCCUGGCAACCGGGCCGCAUGCUCAGGAUUACCGGAGGCCCUGUCUUUCAUCGCUGCCUGAUCCCUCUUCCUUUUGCCGCUGAAGUCCUGGAUUGUGAGAGCCAUCAGUACGAGAGGCGCCGGGAGGGAGCAGAGUGAUUUUAGGGGCUUUUUCGGUCCUCCCACUACCACUUUUCUGCAUCUUCUCCCUCUAGUGUGACAUUUAGUUCAGUCUUAAAGGGUAUAUUUUUAUGUUUUUUGGUUUGGAGUACUUCAGUGUGGAUUUGUGGUAAUUGAAGCAAGAUGGAUCAUUCUCUGUUCGGAUGCCUGCGGAACCCACACGCUCCAGCCCAGACUCUCCACCCGGCCUUCACCCAGUCCUCGCUGGCAUUGCACGGCCGCACCGAUCAUGUAUCCUACCCCGAUUUGCCAGGACCCUCACCGCCGUGCAGUUAUACAGGAGAAGAGGCUAGUUUCGGAGGGCUCCAUGCACGCAAUCAUCCUUCUCAGCAGCUGCCCCAUCAUCAGCAGCAUCAGCCCGGCUGGCAUGUUCAGCAAAUGCCCUCAUCCGGCAGCACCCGUCACGCCGCGUGUCUUCCUCACCCUGAUACUCCCGCAACCGAGCUGUGCACAUCCGGAGGAGCGGCGGGUCAGAGUAUGUGCACAGCAAACACAGGCCUAGGAAACACAGAGCCAGUGGGAGCAGGGUGUGGGUCUGGGGACUACGGGCGGCAAACCAUGUCACCCAUAGAACCGGAGAGGAGGAACAGUAAAGGAAAGAGUGACAACACGGAUUCCCAAGACGGGAGCUAUAAGUCAGACGUUAGCAGUAAGCCCAGGAAGGAGCGCACAGCGUUCACCAAGGAGCAGAUCCGGGAACUGGAGUCAGAGUUUGCCCACCACAACUACCUGACACGGCUAAGACGUUACGAAAUCGCUGUCAACCUUGACCUCACAGAGAGACAAGUGAAAGUGUGGUUUCAAAACAGGAGGAUGAAGUGGAAGCGAGUGAAAGGAGGACAGCAGGGAGCUGCAGUGCGAGAGAAAGAACUGGUGAACGUGAAGAAAGGAACCCUUUUGCCCUCUGAGUUUGCUGGCAUGGUGGGACUGCACCAUUCCGUUGGAUCUCCGGCGAAUGAGGACGACAGUCACGACAGUGACCAGAGCUCUGAGAACGCUCACUUAUGACCUUCUGGAAAGUUCCACCUGAACCUUACAGUUUUCCUCAGGAAUCAACAUUCUUAGGGUUCUAGGGCCUUUAAAUAUAAAGACAGCUAAGAAACUGCAAAAUAUUUGAGACUGGACACAGACAAAGAAACAGACAAAAAAAAGGAUUGGGAUUAUGGAUGAAGAUAAAUGACUGCAAUUUGAUAUUGUUUUUUUUAACAUGUGAGUUUUAGCUUAACUUUUGGAUUUUGCUAAUGAAUAAAAGUGUUAUGAACAUUCCACAUAAGUGCCUAGGGGAAAACAAGAUUUGCACUGUUUUAUUGUUGCCUUAAUCGAUUGCUACUGUAUUGAUUAAUUUUUUAAACAUGAUGCUGUAAAUGAACACUUGCGGCAUUGAGGAAGCUGAAUUUCGUCCAAUCAAUCCUCUCUUCUCUCUUUAUUUUUAUCUUCCUCAUUAUCACCAUCAUCAUCAUUUUCUUAAUCACAUUGUGCUAUUUAGUGCCCUCAGAUAACCUUUUAAAACAGUAACAGUUUCUAGUAUGCUGUGCACUUCUCACUGCGCUAGUUAUGCACCAAAACUACAAUCCACUUUGGAUAUUUAGUUAAAUACUAUAAUUUGACUGAAUAUCAUAUUAAUUAAAAAAAAAAAUACUGUUUUUUUUUUUUUUUUUUACAAUACUUGCAAUGCUUAAAUCUUGCUUGCAUGAAAGCUGAAAAUUUUACAAAUAAUAAUAAUAAUAAUGACAAUAAUAAUGCAUUUAAUACAGUACCAUUUCUCAUCUGCUCCCU